CAUUCUUUAUUUUAUUCAAGAUCUCUGCCUGUCAUAAGUAAAGAAAAUGGCGAGAGUGUUGGUUCAAGCUGUGGCGGUGGUGGUGCUUUCUAUCUUGUAUGUUUCCGACACGGCGGAGUCGGCGGCGGCGACGGUUGCUACGAGCUUCAUCAAGACCUCCUGCAAAGCCACCACGUACCCUGAUCUAUGCGUCACUUCCCUGGCGGCGUACGGCCCGACCAUCAAGCGAAGCCCGCAGCAGCUAGUGCAGACGGCCCUGUCCGUGAGCGUGGACCGGGCCCAAUCCACCAAGGGCUUCGUCGACAAGCUCUGCAAGUUCAAAGGGUUGAAGCGCAGAGAGUAUGGGGCUCUGAAAGACUGCCUGGACGAGAUGAGUGACAGCGUGGACCGGCUGAGCAAAUCGGUCCGGGAGCUCAAGAACAUGGGCCGGGACUUCCAGUGGCACAUCAGCAAUGCCCAGACGUGGAUUAGCGCCGCCCUCACCGACGAGAACACCUGCAUGGACGGGUUUGCCGGCCGGGCCUUGAACGGCAAGAUUAAGGCCUCCAUUCGGGCCCGUGUCACCAACGUUGCCCAGGUCACCAGCAAUGCUUUGGCACUAAUCAACCAGUUCGCUUCUAAGUACAACUAAUCAACCUAGCUAGCCUGAGACGUCGUCGCUGCUUUAAGGUUGUCCGUUUUAAGGUUGUCUGUUUAGUGUUUUAUAAAGGCACUUCACUAAGUCAUGUUUGCUUGGAUGGCUUUGGAAUUUUGUUGUAAAUUGUCCGUCAAAUUAAAGUUAUAAAUAUACCCUAAAAAGGUUUCAAC